CUUCGCUCGGACUCGCAAAUUUCGGCGGUGUGUGUGUGGCUGCGACAGCCUUUUUCCACGUUUUUCCUAUUAGCGUAUAUUUUUGCAAUUGGCCUUGCCAGUGCAUCAUUUAUAUCGAUAAUUUAGCUAAACCUUAGCGAAUUGCGGGUGAUUAGUGGGUGCUUCUUUGUUUGUGCAGCAAUCACAGCAAAACCGGCGAAUAGGAUUAAUCACAUACACGAAAAUGGAGGCACAAAAAUUGACGGAACUGUUGCGCGCAACCAUUGAUCCGAAUCCGGAGCAAAGGAAGGCGGCCGAGGAUCAAUUAGCACAAAUACACAAAAUCAUUGGUUUUGUGCCGACCAUUCUGCAAAUCGUCAUGCAAACCACACUGGAGCAGCCGGUGCGGCAGGCGGGUGCAGUCUAUCUAAAGAAUCUGAUCAACAGCAGCUGGUCGGAUCACGAGACAAAGCCUGGAGAGCCCAUACCAUUCUCCAUUCACGAACAGGAUCGCGCCAUGAUACGCAGCGCCAUUGUGGAUGCUAUUGUACAUGCUCCCGAGCUGAUUAGAGUUCAACUGUCUGUCUGUGUGAACCAUAUCAUUAAGAGCGAUUUCCCUGGCCGUUGGCCCCAAGUGGUGGACAAUAUUAGCAUAUACUUGCAAAAUCAAGAUGUGAAUGGCUGGAAUGGCGCCCUGGUCACCAUGUACCAGCUGGUCAAGACUUACGAAUACAAGCGCUUCGAAGAACGCACGCCGCUCAACGAAGCCAUGAAUUUGCUGUUGCCAAUGAUUUAUCAGCUCAUGCUGACGUUGCUCAACGAUCAGUCGGAACAAUCGGUGCUAUUGCAAAAACAAAUACUCAAAAUUUAUUAUGCACUAACGCAGUACAGUCUGCCGCUUGACCUCAUCACUAAAGAGAUCUUCUCUCAGUGGAUGGAAAUCUGUCGCCAGAUUGCCGAUCGUGCUGUGCCCGAUUGUUCCCACUUGGAAGAUGAUGAGCGCACAGAAUUCCCCUACUGGAAGACCAAGAAAUGGGCGUUGCACAUCAUGGUCCGCAUGUUCGAGCGCUAUGGCAGUCCCAGCAAUGUUGUUAGUGAAAAGUAUCAGAAAUUCGCUGAAUGGUAUCUGCCCACCUUUAGCUCAGGUGUCUUGGAGGUCCUGCUCAAAAUCUUGGAUCAAUACCGCAAUCGCGUUUACGUGUCGCCGCGUGUUCUAACGGAUGUUUUAAACUAUCUAAAAAUUGCUGUGAGCCACGCCUAUACCUGGAAGCUGAUCAAACCGCACAUGGUGGCUGUUAUUCAGGAUGUCAUAUUCCCUAUUAUGUCAUUUACCGACUCUGAUCAGGAGUUAUGGGAGAGCGAUCCCUAUGAAUACAUUCGCCUCAAAUUUGAUAUCUUUGAGGACUACGCGACACCUGUACCGGCUGCCCAGUCGCUGCUGCAUUCCGUCUGUAAGAAGCGUAAGGGCAUUCUGCCUAAAGCGAUGAGCACAAUAAUGCAAAUAAUUACCUCACCCAAUGCGGACAACAAGCAAAAGGAUGGCGCACUUCAUAUGAUUGGUACACUGGCGGAUGUUUUAUUGAAGAAGGCGCUCUAUCGUGAUCAGGUGGAGUCCAUGCUGACCACCUAUGUGUUUCCGGAAUUCCAGAAUCCCGCUGGUCAUAUGCGUGCUCGUGCCUGUUGGGUUUUGCACUACUUCUGCGAUGUGCAAAUCAAGAACCCCCAAGUGCUAGCUGAAACAAUGCGCCUGACCACCAACGCUUUGCUGACGGAUAAAGAGCUUCCCGUUAAGGUAGAAGCUGCCAUUGGCCUGCAAAUGUUCCUAUCAUCUCAAGACGAAGCACCAAAAUAUGUGGAGUCACAAAUCAAAGAGAUUACCAAGGAGCUGUUGACCAUCAUACGCGAAACUGAAAACGAAGACUUGACAAACGUCAUGCAGAAGAUUGUCUGCACAUUCACGGAGCAACUGCUGCCAGUUGCAACAGAAAUUUGUCAACAUCUAGCCACAACAUUUAGUCAAGUACUAGAAUCGGAGGAGGGAUCUGAUGAGAAGGCCAUUACGGCUAUGGGCCUCUUGAAUACAAUAGAAACUCUGCUUAGCGUUAUGGAGGAACAUCCGGAAGUGCUGCUUAACUUGCAUCCGAUUGUGAUUAACGUUGUGGGUCACAUAUUCCAGCAAAACAUUACCGAUUUCUAUGAGGAAACAUUCUCACUUGUGUAUGAUUUAACAUCGAAGUCCAUUUCGGCUGAAAUGUGGCAAAUGCUAGAGCUCAUCUAUCAAGUAUUCAAGAAGGAUGGCGUUGAUUACUUCAUUGACAUUAUGCCGGCGCUGCAUAACUAUGUAACCGUUGAUACGCCAGCUUUCCUCUCCAAUCCGAACCGUCUCCUGGCCAUACUGGACAUGUGCAAAACUAUGCUAACUAGCAAUCCUGGCGAAGAUCCCGAAUGUCAUGCUGCUAAAUUGAUGGAGGUCAUUAUCUUGCAGUGUAAAGGACAAAUUGAUUCGGUGAUACACAUGUUUGUGGAGUUAGCUCUGUCGCGUUUGACACGCGAGGUGCAGUCAUCCGAGCUGCGUACUAUGUGCCUACAGGUGGUCAUUGCAGCCCUAUAUUACAACCCACAGCUACUGCUCUCGAUUCUGGACAAAAUGUCGCAACCAAACAACGAACCAAUCAGCUCGCAUUUCAUUAAGCAAUGGCUGCACGAUACAGACUGUUUCCUUGGAAUACACGAUCGCAAGCUGUGUGUCUUGGGUCUGUGUACACUCAUUUCACUAGGCGAUGCCAAACCUCAAGUGCUUAGCGAAGUGGCGGGUAAGAUUGUACCAUCGCUGAUAUUGCUGUUCGACGGCCUUAAACGAGCAUACGAAUCUCGUGCUCAGGAAGAGGAAGAGGAAGAAGAAGAGGAGGAUGGUGAUGAUUGUGAGGAGGCUCUAUCAAGCGAUGAGGAUGAAAUGGAUGAGAUGGCACCCAAUUACUUGGACAAGUUAGCCGAUUACUCGAAAACGAAAGGUGCCGCAUCUGGUUUUGAGGUGAAGGCCGAAAUCAAAGACGAUGAUGAGGAUUCUGAUGAUGAAGCGGAAGAGUCCGUUGGUGAUUUGAAUGAAACUGGUCUCGAAACAUUCACCACGCCGAUUGACGAUGAAGAAAACGACAGUGCUAUUGAUGAAUAUUGGACGUUCAAGGAAGUUAUAACUGCACUUUCUACCCAAGACCAGUCAUGGUAUUCGCUGCUAACAUCGAACCUAACACCUGAACAGGCCAAAGCUCUGCAGGAGGUCGUUUUGACCGCCGACCAGCGCAAGGCGGCCAAGGAAUCGAAACUAAUUGAGAAACAGGGCGGGUUCGCCUUCCCUCAGACCACCGUGCCGACAUCAUUUAAGUUCGGAUCUUAAUUGACUGUGGGACACCGACUUAUUAGUACGCUUUUCUUUUGACUUCAUUGUUUCUCAUAUUCUUUCCAUAACGAAAAAAAAAAAAGAAAACGAAAUAACUAAAUAGUAGCUGGCACUUGAUAUGACGGCUGUUGAGGCAAUCUAUAGAUUCUCGUACAUAUUUUAUGUA